AUGGUUAGAACACGAGGUUUAGGUCAUGCUUUAGCUAGGGUUAUAGGUAGAGGUAGACAGGAUGAGCAUGAUGCAGUCGAUGCUCCCCAGAGGCGUAGACCUACUGCAUCAGCCCGUAGGCGACGAGUAUAUAUUACGGUUGAUGAGGGUAUUCCUCAGGUGACUGAGGAUGUUCCUCAUAUGGCGGAGGAUGUUCCUCAGGUGACUGAGGAUGUCCCUCAUAUGGCUGACGAUGUUGCUCAGAGGAGUGAAGAUGUGCCUCAGAUGACCGCAGACGUAGAUGCGACUGUUGCAGAGGACUUAAGUCGUGAUGGUGCUGAGGGGUCAUAUACUGAUGAGGGAUUCCCUGGUGGGCCCCGUGACCCAUCAGUUCUGACUUCAUUUGCGAAGCAUGUCACACAUGCCAUUUGGACUGGACAGGAGCGUCCUGAGCUAAAGUUGGUGUCACACGGGAGGAAGGUGGCGUUAAUUGGGAGGCCAAUACCUGCGAUUGAAGGGCUGGUUGUCGCCAUAAGAUUAAGUCCAUUGAUCGAGUGUUCAGUUGUAACCAGCGAUCUUGGACUUAUAUCCGCAUUUGUGGAGAGGUGGCACAGGGAGACCAGCACCUUUCACCUUCCAGUAGGAGAGUUGACGAUCACACUAGAUGAUGUGUCGUCACUCCUCCGUCUCCCUAUCAGUGGUGCCUUCCACAGUUUCGAGGCUCUUUCCGUGGACGAGGCGGUAUUUUUGUUGAUGGUGUUGCUCGAGGUGUCUGGUGAGGAGGCUAGAGCCGAGACAGUACGAGCACGCGGGGCAUACGUACGCCUCUCAUGGGUUCGGGACAUCUAUGAGAUGAGAUGCCAAGCAAGACGACGGAUUGUAGCAGCUCGUGCUUAUCUCCUACACCCGGUCGGUUGCACUCUUUUUUCUAACAAGAGUGCAACAAAUGUUCAUGUGGUGCAUCUAGAGGCUUUUCGCGACCUGGGUCAGAGUGGGGGUUAUGCCUGGGGAGCUGCGGCCCUGGUUCAUAUGUAUGACCAGUUAGAUGAAGCUUCUAGGACCACGACACGACAGAUUGGGGGACACCUUACUUUAUUACAGUGUGUCACCGAUGAUGCGUAUGAGGAGAUGUCCCCUCGUGCCUCUCGGUGGCUGACGAUGAAGGCUCAUAUGAAGGGAAUUAUAGGAGCACCAUACUGGGCAUGUUGUGAUGCUUUGACGGUCACAGACGUGUGCUGGUUGCCUUACAGUGACCAUCGAGGGGAUGAUUACGAAGGUUAUGAGGCGAUCGCAGAAAGGUUGGAGUGUGUGCUCAACCUUAGGUUGGUCACUGCAGGGACAGAGUUACAUGAUAUCAUCCAAGAUUGCCUGAGGAUCGCUAGAGGGGGUGCCAGCGCAGAUGGAAGUGUUAGGGCUCGACAAAGAUAG